AAAAAAAAAAAAAAAAAAAAAAAAUCUUUUUUAUUUUAUACGCCAAACAAGCUUCCAAGAGAUAUUUUUAUUAUUAUUGUUGACUUUAUAAUAUGGAAGAGGCAGCAUUUCAAAUCACUCAGUUCGUGAGAAGGCCAGGUACUGGUCGUGAUGGAAGAAACAUAAGAGUUAGAACAAAUUAUUUUGUUAUUAACGAUAUUCCGCAAAUGAACAUUAUACAUUACGAUGUAACAAUAACUCCUGAGGUUCCUCAGCGUUUGAAUAGGAGAGUAUUUGAUCGUUUUGUAGAACAACACCAAGGAAGAGCUCUUGGGAAUGUAAGGCCGGUGUUCGAUGGACGUAGAAAUAUGUUUGCACCUAAGUUGUUACCUUUUGGACAAGCUGGUACUUUUGACGUGGAUUUGGAAGAAGACGACGCGGCGGCCACGGCGAGAAGACGUCCACCACGAACAUUUGCAAUUAAAUUAAGACGAGUUGGCCAAGAUAUUGUUAUGGAAGAGCUCAUGCAGUUUUUACAUGCAAGAGGAACUUUGACAAAUAAUUGUCAAAUGGCAAUAAUGGCGAUGGACGUAAUUAUACGUCACAAGCCUUCCUCAGAUCAUAUAACUGUGGGAAGGUCUUUUUUUACUCCGCAAGGAAAUCGUCUUAUCUAUGGAGGUGCAGAGGUUUGGCAAGGAUAUUAUCAAUCAGCGCGCCCCACGAGGGGACAAAUGUUAAUAAAUGUUGACUUAAGUGCGACCGCAUUCUAUGAAGGCGGUCCUCUUACUCAAAUGGUCGUAAAAUUAUUGGAUCGUAGAACUCCCAAUGAUCUAUAUAGAGGAAUGAACGAUAGGGAGCGUCAAAGAGUCGAGAGGAGUAUUAAAAAUCUUAGAAUCAGGGAUAAUCAUAGGGCAGGCAAUAGAAGAAAAUUUAAGAUCGAGAAAUUAACUCCUACACAAGCUUCUCGCACAAUGUUUGAUCUAGGAGACGGUGGCCAAACCGAUGUGGUAACAUACUUUCAACGUCAAUACAAUAAACGUCUAUUAUAUCCAAAUCUUCCUUGUGUUAUCGUAAGGAAAAACGUUUAUCUUCCAAUAGAAGUUUGUGACGUUAUACCGGGGCAACGACACAUGCGGAAAUUAGAUGAAAGGCAAACAGCUGACAUGAUUAAAUUUACUUGUCAACCUCCAAACGCACGGGCUAAUAAAAUCCAAGCCGGUCUCGAAAUACUAGAUUUUCGAAAUAAUGAAUUCCUUCGAGAGUUCGGCAUGAGGAUAUCGAACGAUAUGAUGGUGGUAAACGCUAGGGUUCUUCCGAUUCCAACAAUAAAGUAUCACCCUACAUCAAAGGAGCAUGAUGUCCGGCCUAAUGGUGGAGCUUGGAGUUUAAAAGAUAAAAAAUUAGCUACUGGUGCCACCCUUGGUUCGUGGUCAGUUUUGGCCUUUUUAAAUCAAAACGAAUUACCAGAUCAAGCUAUUAAUCCGUUCGUUAGAGAAUUUGUUAAUACGUGUCAAGAUAGUGGAAUGAAUAUUCCAAAUAGGACCCCCCCUAUAUUACAUGCGAAUCCUAUAGGAAAUAUAGAGGAGGCAUUGAAAGAAGCAUGGUUAAGAGCCGGUAAUACAGCGAAAGCUCAACCACAAUUAAUAGUCUGCAUUCUUCCAAAUAAAGGAACACCAUUAUAUGCCGAAAUUAAACGUGUUAGCGACACAGUUAUCGGCGUUGCAACACAAUGUGUACAGAGUAGACACGUACAACAAGCGAAAAAGCAGUACUGUGCGAACGUUUGCUUAAAGGUAAAUGUAAAACUUGGAGGAAUGAAUUCAUUCCUUGAUCCCGCUCAGAUUCCGUUUAUAACGGAUAGGCCUACUAUUUUGAUAGGCGCAGAUGUUACUCAUCAUGGACCUGGUGAAGACGAUAAACCGUCCAUCGCUGCCCUUUGUGGUUCUAUGGAUGCUAAGGCAUCACGUUAUGCGGCUACUAUAAGAGUUCAAACCGGUCGUUUCGAAAUUAUUGCGGACUUGGCAAAUAUGGUCAAGGAUUUGUUAAAAACAUUUUAUCAGACUUGCGGAAGAAAGCCUGAAAGGGUUUUGUUUUAUCGAGACGGAGUUUCGGAAGGCCAAUUCAAACAUGUACUACAAAGUGAAAUAAACGCGGUUAGAGCCGCAUGUCAAGCCCUUGAGGCAUCUUAUAGACCCACGAUCACGUUCGUUGUGGUGCAAAAAAGACAUCAUACAAGAUUUUUCCCGUUGGAUAAGCGUGAUUCCGAUAGGUCAGGAAAUUGUCUUCCUGGUACCGUUGUCGAAACGGGCAUUACACACCCAUUCGAAUUUGAUUUCUAUCUGCAGAGCCAUGCUGGAAUACAAGGAACGUCUCGACCAACCCAUUACCAUGUUUUAUUUGACGAAAACGGGUUUAACGCAGAUUCCUUACAGACUUUAAGUUAUAAUUUAUGCCAUAUAUAUGCGCGUUGUACACGUACAGUUUCUCUGGUACCCCCAGUAUAUUAUGCUCAUUUAGUUACAACAAGAGCAAAAUUUCAUACUCGUUGGCAUGAAUCGGAAUCUUCCGAAGGUGGUGCCGCGUCCGCAUUCGGCGUGGUAAAACAAGAGCUACAAAAGGUUAUGUACUUUAUGUAGCAAAUUCACUUAUGUGAAACAAAGUUAUAGGAAACGAAAAGAAAGGAAAAUAUAUUAAUAUAUUUAAUAUAUCUUUUCUUUCUUACAAAAUAAAAAAAAAAAAAAAUUAUUUUAAAAAAAAAAAAAA